AUGAGCCUCUUUAGCGACAUUGUCAACUCGAUCGGUAGCGACAAGUCUCCAGCACCACCAAAGCCGCCGUCGGGACCUCUCGGUGCGAAUGCGCAUCGACCGAGUCUCGACGUCAGCAGGCAUGGUUCCCGGCCCGGACUGCCCGUGGCCCCCUCGCCUCUGAAUGGUACAAAACGGAAGGCCGACGAGAGCUCUUCGAAACCACCUGAGAAGCUUAUCAGGCCGAAUCCUACACCUGGCUUGACCAGCACCAUUCGGCAACGUCCUGUUGCCCCUCCUCUUAACGCCCCAAGACCAUCCAAUGGAAACACUGGAAAAACCCUCGCUAUGCCCAGACCGAAAGUUGACGCUCAGCUGACCUCACCGAAACCCGGCUCUGCGCCAUCCACUCCGACUACUGCAACAACCAAAGGUCCAACGAAGGGCUCGUAUGCAGAGUUGAUAGCUCGGGCAAAACAAGCGCAGGUGGAGAAAUCUCAACAAAGCCAAGUUGGCCUAAUAAAGCAUCAAGCAACCAACCGGGAAAAGCCAUCGAAACUGGCCGAGAGGAGACGGCAAGAAGAGGAAAAGACAAAGGGUGCCAAGGAGAAAUCCAGUGGCGGCCGUCUGGCGAAUGGUGGUAAACGGCAUGAUAAAUCUCGAAGCGUUAGCCCUGCGAAAAAGACGGAUCAUCCCAAAGGGCCCAAGGCCCCCCGACCGCCAUUACAUGCUCCCCCUUCGUCCUCUUACAAAGGCACUAUGGGCACUGCUGCAGGUCGCGCCAAACCACCAGCCAAGCGCGGGCACAAAUAUGAUGAAUACUUGGGCACCGACGAAGAAGAUGUUUCAGAUGAUAUGGGCGGAUAUGGAGAGGGCGAAGAAGAUUAUGCAUCUGAUGUUUCGUCUGAUAUGGAAGCUGGAGCGUUUGAUGUGUACGAAGAGGAGCAGAAGGCGCUCAGGGCCGCAAGGGAGGAAGAUGCCCGAGAGUUGGCAUUAGAAGCCCAACUGAAGCGAGAGAAAGAGGAUCGGCGUAGGAAGCUCAUGAGUCUUGCAGGGAAGAGGAAGUGA